AUCAUACUUGUAGUCCGUUCUCUUCGUCUCCAUGUCGAUCUCCACAGUCUUAACCUGUCGUCCACUCUCUGACUGUCGUGCCUCAGGUCCAGGAUUGACGCUGACGGUGAAGACAGCACGAUCCUAUUUCGCAUCAUUCGCUCGGUCUUCCAUCCUAUCGUUUCUUGGGCGUAGCAUUCGUAGUGGUUACCUCUGCAUAGAGGACGAUGAAGGCCUCCACGAGUUCGGCCUGCAUACCAAGUCGGGUAACAUCGUGCGCCUGCGAGUGGUUGGUCAUGAAUUUUGGACACGCAUCUUUUUGUCCGGAGAUCUUGGUUUUAGCGAAGCCUACAUUAUGGGUGAAAUCGAAGUCGAUGACCUGAAAUGCGUCAUGGACCUAUGGCUCGAGAACCAAUCAAGUAUGAGCGGCCUAUCAUCCGCAGUGGGCCGAGUUUCUUCGGUUCUCUCCGGUUUGUCCAAUGCUGUAUUUGGCCAAACUCGUUCCCAAGCCCGUCUCAACGCUAUUGCAAGUUACGACCAGUCAAAUGAAUUGUUCAAGGCAUUUUUGAGUACCGAGAUGAUGUACUCAUGUGCAUUGUGGAGUGACGCCGAGGGAGGCGUACAUGGAGAUCUCGUGUCUGGUCCCUCUACAGGCGACCUUGAAAUAGCCCAACUCCGAAAGAUUCAUCAUGUCUUAAGGAAGGCUCGAGUUCAGCCUGGGAAUCGAAUCUUAGAAUUCGGGUCUGGAUGGGGCGGUCUCGCCAUUGAAGCUGCUCGCACGUUUGGCUGUGAGGUGGACACGCUGACACUUUCUGUCGAACAGAAAAUGUUAGCAGAAGAACGAGUCAAUGCUGCCGGUUUGCAUGGUCGGGUCCGAGUGCAUCUCCUGGACUACAGAGAUAUUCCUCCGGAGUUCGAGCAUGCAUUCGAUGCCUUUGUCAGUAUUGAGAUGCUAGAACAUGUGGGUGCUCAUCACUACAAGACUUACUUCCAAUUAGUGGAUUUUGCUCUGAAACCACAAAAUGCGACUGCUGUUGUCACGUCGUCCACCUUCCCUGAAUCGCGUUUCUCCAGUUAUCAGGCGGAAGACUUCAUGCGUAAAUACAUGUGGCCGAACUCAUGUCUACCCUCCGCUACAAGUCUUGUCACUGCUGCUCAGGCGGCAUCUCGCGGCCGAUUCACACUCGAAGGCGUCGAGAAUCAUGCCGCUCAUUACCCUCGUACGCUUCGUACCUGGGGUCGUCGGUUGGAGUCUAAUCUCCGACAAGAUGUGAUCGCGCGAACCCACCCUGCUUUGAAUGACCCUGCGGAAUUCGCCGCAUUCAAGCGCAAAUGGGAAUAUCUCUUCGCAUAUGCCGGGGCUGGUUUCUCGAAAGGUUACAUCACCUGCCAUAUGUUAACAUUCAUUCGCGCGAAUGAUGUCCCAUUUGUCGGUGACGACAUUUGGUGAAUACCGAUCAGCGGAACGUUUCAAGAGAAUCAUCUUCUGUAAUACGGAACGGUCAUCGUUUUGCUAUUUAUUAUCAUCCAUACCUUCUUCAUGUUAUUUCGGACUAUUCUGGACUUCUUUUUCACUAUCCCAUGUGCUCCAAUGAGAGUGUGUCAAUGCUGACUCUGACGCAAUCGAGAACGGUCUACGCUUGACAAAGCCUUCCGAGUACGCAGUGAGCAUUCUCGGCUGUUUACGGUAGAAAAAAUGGGACAUGAUCAC